UUCGUGUCCUGGACAAAUGCAGAUGACAUAUUGGAGGGUAUUGUAUAUAAUGGAGUAGAAUCUAUCGUGCUGUCGCAGCGAAAAGAUCAACAUUAAACAAGGAAGUACCAGUACAAAAUGCUACCACUAAAAAGAAAGAUGGAUUCUGCACGGCAAUCUGACAAUCAAAUUGGUUUGAAUGUUGGCGGCAAGAUCUACCUGACAACUCGGGACACCUUGACGCGGUACCCGAACAGUUUCUUUGCCAUCAUGCUAGACAGUGAUAUCCCUUCUGAUAGAGAUGCCCAAGGAAACUACCUGAUUGACCGGGAUAGCGAGAUAUUUCGCCAUGUCCUGAAUUUCAUGAGGUGUGGCGAACUUGUGCUACCACGGGGAUUUAAUGAGUUCGAUUUACUGGAACGUGAAGCCGACUUCUUUUCGCUCGAGGCGCUUGAAGUGGCGCUAAGAGAAGCUGCAGGUAUGUCGGUGGGAAUUGCGGUUGGUACGGGUGACACCAGGAGCACGUAUAUGAUGACCAGAGAGGCGUUGAUGAGAGAAAAAGAAUCCUUUUUCAUCGACAUGUUGGAUGGAGGGAAGCCAGUUCCAAAAGACACACAAGGCAACUACGUCAUCAGUAGGAAGAAUAGUCUGUUCCAUCAUGUUGCUGACUACCUAGUACGUGGAGGAAUCCUCAAUGACAUCACAUCGAGUGAGCUUCAGCAGCUACGAAAAGAAGCCAAGUAUUUUGGACUGCAAAUAUUGGAACAACACAUCCAAAGCGUUGAGUGCAUGAUAAACUACCGGAGCAUUCCUACCGGUGACACAUUCAUUCAUUUCUUUUAUUCUGAGAAUGGCCCGUGUGUUGCUUAUUCCAGCAAGCUACUUGUGGGUCAUCGAGCCCGCUUAUCAAUCGAAACGCUUUGGAAGGGAUAUGAAAUUGGUAACGAAGUCUAUAUAUGCUGGAGAAGUGGACCCUAAAAUAAUGUGCAAAUUUACAAGUGCAGCCUCUGUUAAGGACUUUUUCUCAACCCUGCAGCCAUUCAUCUCUGUUAAAAUGUCUAAACUAAGCUCCAAUUGUACUCGAAUUAAUGUGCAAAUACACUAAGACCCGAGAAAAGAUCAACAUGGAGUGGUAUGUAUAUCUCAAUCGGUUAUCCUGAGAGCUGUAGCUCUUAGCCCGGCACGCAUGUAUCGGAUAUUUUAAGAUUUCAUUUACCUCAGUCUGCUAAAAGUGCUUAUGAUUUUCUUAGCGUAUAUAGUUUUGUUGCAAAGUAAGAUAAAGUACAUUGUUUUAGUAGUUUUUAUACAGCUUUCGCAGACUUGACAAAAACAAAUAAUAGUAAUAUUAGCUCAUUCUUAUAGCGCUCUUCAGGACUGCAGGCCCUCUCAAAGCGCUUUACAAAUAUAUAUUGUUACCCCUUAAAUUUGCGCUGCAAAUGCAUAAUGGAAUUUGUAUCAUU